AUGUCCUCGGAAGUUGCCAGGCUGUGCCGCUCAGAAUCUACCAACCGCAACCGUGGAAAUGCUGGAGCCUGGAGAGAUGGAGUUGCGCCAAAGCCCGCGGAUACGGAUACAGUCUCAUCGGUUGCUACCAAGGAACUCCGGCCCCCUCGGCCUUCUUCUAGUAUUCGUACCCGCAGUCUCCACGGAAGACCGUUUACGCUUUUGCUACACACGCGGUGGACACGGACCGGUAUUGACUUUCCCAAGAACUCAAAGGGCCCUGGGCUCAUUCUACCGCGUGACAUUACACAAUCUACCAUGGCACGAUUGUGUGAAUCUGAGCUGGCGACAAGACAGUUUCAUCCGCCCGUUGCCAAGAAUGACGGCAGCAUAAACCCGCAAGCAAACACCAACGAGCAACUCCGAGUUCCUGUUUCUUCUGCCCUAUUCACAGACUCCCAGGCCCGUCAUUGUCUCGGGCUGUCGACCCGCGUUUACUCCAGUUUGCCGUGGGCUAACCUCAUUCCGACGGACGAUCCCUCGCGUGGCCGAGGCCAAGGCGGCCAUGCUGUCGUCUUUGCUGGCCACAUUGGGGCGACGUCUCCGUUCCUCACGAUGCCGACUUGCCGUACCAAGCCUUGUGGUUCUCGCAAGAGCCAAGGUAAUCUGGAGGCAUGGUCGCGCGGGAGUUGCGAGGGACUGCACGGCUCACUCGCCGUCAUCAGCGUCGGUACGGAGGACGAGCGGGCUUCCACGUCUUCCAUUGUCUGGUAUAGCGCUUCUUUGAUCAUUUCGCCCGUUGAGUUCCCUCCCCCGGCUCGUCUCGUAUCAUCAGCCGCAGCCGCCCAGCAUGACAACCGUACCCGCGCAUACCCUAAUCUUAUAGUGCCUGUCUACGAGGAAUCAGAUACAACACCAGACCGGGCCACAGCCGACACAAGCACAAUAGCUCUGCCUGCGCAGGAUAAUCGGCAUCCCUCCAAGCUUUCCAGUCCUGCCUUGCUGUUUCUUGGCACACCUCGUUGUGUUCCCCACGCAGGAUAUCACUCUCUCGAGGGAACCAACAAGGGGGGAACUCUCGAGGAACUCGGCGGCGACGACAGUGACACGAGGCUGCAUUCUCGCCGAGUGCAAUCUCAAUCUCCUAGACACUGGUUGACUGCAUCGCACGAUGGACGGCGGAUUCGAGUGGUUCCCGAACGCCCUUUGAUUCGGUUGCCUUACAGGACCAGCAGCAAGGCAGAUGCCUGUUCCGUGACAGCAAACAAGAACGAACAACAACAGCUAUCCAACGCAAUGUGUAGUGGAUUUGCAUGUCUCGCACUGACGGCUGAGGGUCGUCUUUGGGUUGAGGAGGUUCCCUCCGAGGACGGAUACUUUUGGUUCUUCUCCCUCGAGUCCCAUCUACGGAGCCACCAGUCGCGGAAGGCCUGGGUCCCCAUAGUUCAGCUGCCCAAGGCUCAAGGCGCGAAAAUUCUCCCCCUGUUUUCGUCCCGGUUCCUGGCUGUUCUUUUCCCGGCGCAGUUCCCAGCCAUUGCCUCAUGGGGAAACAGGUUGUUCCGAUCAGGCACGCCCAAGGACAGCAAGCACGGUGUCCCGGAGGCCGGUGCCUUCUUUCCCAAGUUCCCAGUGCCAGUUGCGCACCUUGACAGCCUGACACCACAGACAAUGGAAGGUCCAGUGUCCCGGUUCCUUCCUUGCAAGUUUGCUGGGUACUUGAAGGAAACAUGCCAGUUCAAUGACUUCACCCAUGACGCCAAAGCAACGCGACAUCAACAUCACUGGCCGGUACAUCCCAGGCUGCUUCCACUCUUGGAUCUCGUCACAGCAGCCGGAACCUGGGUCUCUGCCCGGAGACGCACUGGAAAUAGCUUCUUCUUCCAACCUGCAACGUUCCUCCAGCCCAUCCUGACGCCACAUGCAGCUCAACCACGCGUGGCCCCCAAAAACUCACGUCGUCGACGUGACAUGCUUCGCCUGCGCUCCUCAACAGUGUCAGACGCAGUGAUUCAGAUGGCUGCCGGCAUAACGUCCCACAAAGUACGGAGAGCACCAAUAUGCGUCAGGCAACCUCCACACUCGUUUGGCCAACGCAUCCAUGCUACAAAUCCCACCCAUCCUGACCUCCGCUGCUCGCACACACACUACUGA